GAAAUUACAAGAUCAAAAAGGAAGAUUAAUAAUGGGUUUUUUUGGGAUGGGAACAAAGAUAUAAAUAUCACCUUGAUCAUCAACAACCACCAGACAACCCAAUUUCCUCCUCAACCAUGAUGAAGAAUCCAUCAACUUCACCUUUCUGCAUGCUAUCUUGCCUCAUUGUGUUACUGGCUCUCCCUUUGCCUCCCCUCUUGGCUGACCCUGACUCAUUACAGGACUUCUGUGUUGCUGAUUUGAGUGCCUCUGCUUCAGGUAAUGGCUUUCCUUGCAAACCUGCAUCAAAAGUAAGUUCAGAUGAUUUUUUCUUUGAUGGGCUGAGCAAAGAGGGUGACACAACAGGGAUCUUUGGCACCAAUCUAACAUCUGCUAAUGUUCUUUCAUUUCCUGGGCUCAACACCCUUGGGGUGUCAAUGAACAGAGUGGACUUUGCCCCUGGAGGAGUUAAUCCACUCCACUCUCACCCUCGUGCAUCUGAGACUGUUCUGGUCAUCAAAGGGAGGUUGCUUGUGGGGUUUGUGACAACUGGGAACGUGUAUUUCUCAAAAGUUUUGCGUCCUGGGCAGCUCUUUGUGAUUCCCAAGGGACUCGUACACUUCCAAAGGAAUGUUGGCAAAAACAAAGCCCUUGCCUUCACCUCUUUCAACAGCCAAUUGCCAGGAGCUGCUGUGCUCCCAUUAAAUCUCUUUGCUUCAAAGCCAUCGAUUCCCAACAACGUUUUGAGAAAGACCUUCCAAGUAGAAGACAGUGUUGUCAAUUCUAUUAAGUCCAAGUUCGGUUCUUAAUUACUUAAGCUCAUGAGGCCUCUUCACUAGAAAGCCUCAGCUCCCAUUGUUUUGAAGAUUAUUCUGUAAUAAAUUAAGCUUUUCUUUUCAUAAAUCCUUCCUUCAUUUUCUA